UUCAAAUUAGGGUUUCUCUCCAUCUUCGCUAAAUUUUAUACCUUCAAAUUCACUCUCUUUUUCCUACUAAUCCCCCAAUUCCCGAUUCUGGGUCUUCAAUUUUGGGGCUUGAUUCGUAUGAGAGGCGCGGGGAAUGGCCACACGAACGUCUCUCAGCACCGUGGCCCGGCAGAAGCUCGCUGACGUCACCAACUUGCCGGGUCCUCCUCCGAGAAAUGAAAACGUCGCCGAGGUUCCCAUGGGUGAUAAGGACCGUGUUGAACAGCUCACUAGGGAAAGAAUGGCUCUGUUUAAGCUCGUCACCGAAAGAAAUAAAAUCAUUGAACUGAGUGGCGCCGAGUUGCAGAAGCUGCGAGUUAGUGUUCAGAAGUUGCAGCUACAGAAUUGGAAUCUUGCCCGAUCAAAUAGCCAGAUGUUAGCGGAGCUUAAUUCAAGAAGAGAUGCGGUAAAAACGCUGCAGCAUGAACUUCUAUGCAAGGAGGCUUUACUUAAGGCAAAGAAUUUUGAAAUGCAGGAAAAUUUAGAGAUAAACUGUCAAAAAGCUGGGUCUAAGUUCAAGGAAGCAGAUGAGGCAACUUUGCAUGAAGCUGAUGAUGACAAACCACGUAUUGGCAACAAGAGGCAUGCAACAAGAAGUCAAUCUGUGGGUGUUUCUACUAAAUUCCAAAAGGUCGAAAAAUCUCUCACUCAACAAGGAAAAGAAGAGAUGAAAUGUCAAACUACUGCGUGCCAGCUCAUCAAAGGAGAGGAGCCAGCUUUGCAGGACACUACUAAGGAUGAAAACCAAUGUGUUGGCAACAAGGCGCAUGCAACAAGAAGUCAAUCUCUGGGUUCUUCCAUUAAAUUCCAAAAGGUCGAACAGUCUCUCACCCAACAAGGAAAAGAAGAGAUAACAUGUCAAACUACUGGCUGCCAGCUCAAAGGAGAGGAGCCAGCUUUGCGGGACAGUACUAAGGAUGAAAACCGAUGUGUUGGCAACAAAAGGCGUGCUACAAGAAGUCAAUCUUUGGGUGCUUCUACUGCAUGCCAAAACAUUGAACAGAAAGAUAAGGUCGAAAAUAAAAGGCGGAGUUUGAGGAGGCAGUCUUCUAGAUUUAAAUCCCAUGAGGAAGAACAGAUGGAUAAUUUGUUUGAGAUAGAAGAAGCCAAAUUUCCAGAAAAUUCAAUGCUUGAGGAUGAUCCCAUUCCCUCCAUUUCAUCUAUCAAGCCAGAAGAGAAAGAAGAUAGCUGUGCUACAAAGAGUGGAGUAUCCCAAAGAUCCCCAAUUGGAAGACCAUUGUGCAAGGCAGUUAAGAAGGAUACCAAAUUUGCAGAAACGUUCAUCCCUAAUGGUGAUCCCGCUCCUUUAAUUUUGUCUACCAGUAAAGAUAAAGCAGAAAUCAGUGCCCCAAAGAGUGAAGGAGUAUCACAAAGAUGUUCAAUUGGACGACCAUUGCGGAGGGCAGUUGAGAAGGUUCAGUCCUACAAAGAACCUCCACUCAAAAUAAAAAUGCGAAGAAUAGAAUUACCAGCAUAAGAAAAUUAUCAUCAGGAAUGGAAGGUCUAAAGAAUUAAAGGAGCAAGUUGGAUAUGGGGCAGCUUAUGAAUUCUAUCUGGAUUAUGCAAUUAAGGUAUAUUAAAACUCAUGUAGCCUAUGAAUUCUAUCUGGAUUAUGCAAUUAAGGUAUAUUAAAACUCAUGUAGUUAUGUCAAUUGCAAAACAU